CGUCAGAGCGAAGUGAGCGGGAAAAGACUCAAGCAGCACCAAGGCGUGGACUCUCUCGGUAAGAAAUGGCUCCCAAAACCAAAAAAGCGCUUGUAAGGGAAACACUGGGGCACCUGAAGAAGGCUCAGUUUGAAGCGUUUGUUGAGGUGCUUCUGGAUCGCAGAGAGGAGCCGCGUGUCAAAUGCAGUGAUGUCGAGGGUCAGGGCUAUUUACAAGUCACAAACGUCCUGGUUUCCACAUUUACUGAGCGCAAAGCUCCUCAGGUGGUUGCGGACAUACUUCGGGAGAUCGGUUGCGAAGAAGAGGCAGACAAACUCGUUGCAGAGACAAGUGGACAGUCCUCAAACCCUGGUUCCAGUGACACUGCAGGACCCUCACCUGGAGCAACUGGUGGAAAUACAAUGGCAGAAGGUGGAUGCACAGAUGAGCACUUCGUGGACAAACAUAAACUUGAGCUGAUCAGGAGAGUGACCAACAUUGCAUCGAUUUUGGAUGAGCUCUUGGUCAAAAAAGUCAUUGACGAUGAAAAAUGGGAAGAAAUUAGGAAAAUGUCCACCCCUAAUGCUAAAAUGAGGGAGGUCUAUACUUGCAUGAGAGCUGGUGACGAAUGCAAAAAUAUCUUCUUUGAAAUCCUUAAAAGACAUGAGAAAUUUCUCAUUGAAGACCUCCAGAAAAAGGAGUAAAUGUUAUGGUGAAAUCCAUCUUUAGACCAAACAUGAAUUGUCUUCCUGAACACAAAAUAUUUUUAUACGUUAUCAGUGAUGAACUACUAAUGUUAAUGCUAUGUCUCUGUGGAGGUUUUCUACUUGGGGUUUUUAACAACUGUUGCCCUUAAUUUUACAGCUAAACCUGGUGAAACUUGUAUGGAGUUCAGUGUGUUCCCCGUCCUGAUGAGUGAGGCUCAUUUAAAUGCUUCAUUUUGACCCAAACACAUCAUGAGAUUUCCUGUCAGGUUUAAAAAAAAACAUCCAGAAAAUGUUGUAAUCAUGUAAGAAAUUAAUUAAGGAUCUCAA